CCUAUGCUCUCAAUUUUCUUUUCAUCACUCUUCGCAAAUGCUGGGGCUUAGGGUUUCUCCUCGUACAACGCCUUUUCAUCAAAACGCAGCGUUUCCGAAACGCGAAACGCUCGAAAACGCGGGUGACGACGACGUUGAGAAACUCGUGGCGGAGAACGCGUUGAUUGUGAUUGGACGUCGGGGCUGUUGCAUGAGCCAUGUUGUGAAGAGACUGCUUCUAGGGCUGGGAGUUAACCCUUUGGUUUACGACGUGGACGAAGAUAGAGAAGAGGGCGUUGUUCAAGAAUUGGUUAGGAUCAACGUUAGCGGCGUUAGUGGCUGUGGGAGUGGUGAGAAGGUGGCGUUACCGGCGGUAUACGUCGGGGGGAAGUUGUUUGGAGGUUUGGAUAAGGUUAUGUCCACUCAUAUCUCCGGUGAGUUAGUUCCCAUUCUCAAGGAGGUUGGGGCUUUGUGGCUGUGAAAAAUCUAAUAUCAUGUUGUUGAAUUUGAUGGUUUUCUACUUUGUUAAUUAGUCUUCGUUUUGUUUUUUUAAUCAGAUUGUAUAAUAAAAAAAAUUGGAUAGUUCAUUAUAUAUGUCUAUA